CCAGGCUGCCGCUGAAGCUGUCGCUGUCGAUGAAGCGAAUGCCAUCGGCGAGACAGGACUGCACGCUGCAAGGAUACUCUGCACCGUAGGCACUGCCAUCCCAUCGUAUCUGCAGCUCGUAGGACAGCUCCGGGCCCCCUGGCAUGCACCUGUCGCCCGGACAUCUCAGAGUUGUGCUCAUUCUGGCCCUGCUGCAGGAUCUGCAGAUACGACCACAGAAGGAUAUAUUCAGGGCACAUCUCGAGCGGGAUCUGCGGCUGUGUCCGGCCUGCUUUGCCGGACAGCGUUGGCAGUGCGAGGAAAUCUUCGAGGCCAUCGCCGAGCCCUCGGACUGGAGCAAGCUGCUCAAGGGAAUCGCUCUGCUCUUCGAUCGUCGGGAGAUUUACUUUCUCCACUCGAAUGAAGGGUCCCAGCUGGUGGCCAAGAGAAAGGCCAACGGGCAGUCUUACCGCAAUGUGGACUUCCUGCGAAGAGAAUUUCUUGAGAUGGCGGAGCGUCCCGGUGGGUUCCAUCUUUGCCAUGGCGGACGCGGGACCCCUCGCUUCGUGAGCUACUUGGAGCAGCGCGGCCAUGAGGCUGCCACCAUCUGGUACUACAUGAUGCACAGCGUCACCCCGUUGCUGAUGCAGGAGCUGUUUCUGCUGGAGUUUCCAGUGCCACGGAGCUACGGUGCGUGUGGCCUGACCCAUUUUCAAGCCUAUGCAGGACACACUCUGUCGCACAACGCCGCUGCUGGCGAGGAUCUGCGCCUGGAAAUUGCCAGACAAGUGCUUCAGCUGUCCCUGAAGCUCACCUUUGGCUUUGCGGACUUUCGCCUCUUCCUAACGGACUUGACGGCCGACAAUCUGGCCUUUGACGAGCCCAGCCAGCGAGUGCUGCUGAUCGACCUGGACUCUGUGGUCCUAGUGGAUGCGGCAGCUCCCCUGGGCAACGCCCAGAAGUACGAACCCCUGCCUGGCGAUGGAUUCACGUUCGAUGUGAAGGAAUUUUGCGGUGGCCAGCAGCUGGACGCGAACGUGUAUCAGGCCUGUCGGCUGCUCAAAGACUUUCUUCUGCAGGAUCUGGCCAACGGGAGGCUGGAGCUGCUGCUGGACCAAUGCGUGCGAUGCGACGACGCGACAUGUGAUAUGCGCUUCCAGCAGGCGUACGACUUGAUCAAGCUUCUCGAGGAGCUGCUGGACAGAAGACGGGAUUAAGGGUAACAUACGGGAGGAUACUUUAAUUUAAGUAGGUAACCAUGUUUAAUCGUACAACUCAUCCAUUAAUCCAUUACACUCAAUAAACGGUCCAAAUGAACUCUGCCCGAA